AGCGAUGAUAUCAAACGUCUGAUUAUGUGCUGUCAAGCGAGCGCCAUCAGACGUUAAAAAUCAUAAUAUUUACAUUUUUUGUACACAUUCCAUUUGACAGCCGGCUCUCGUGAAGAAUGUGGCGGCCGAAUAAAGUUAUGCUGAACAGUUUUGUUUGUUAAUACAUCUUUAAUAGGGCUUCUUCUAUCUAAAAAUGUUACACAAUAUUGUAAAACUUGGUCACCUACGAAGAAAAGUGUUUCAUUUGUUGCCACAUGUACGAUGGACCGCUCGAAGAAGCCUCAUUACGAGUGCCCUCGAUAAUCCUGAAGUUGAUGUAGCACUCAGUACCGGGCGAAUUUUAAGGAUAUCAUCUGGAAAGUAUGCACGAUUCGCCGAUGGAUGUUCUGUCGUAACGAUAGGCGAUACGGCUGUUAUGGUAACGGCAGUAGCUAAACAAAAAUCACAAAAUGCAUCUUUUCUACCGUUGGUGGUGGACUAUAGACAAAAGUCUGCUGCAGCCGGUCGUAUACCGACCAACUUCCUUCGCCGUGAGCUCGGUCCCUCGGAGAAGGAAAUACUUUCUGCAAGACUAGUCGAUCGUUCGAUAAGGCCCCUGUUUCCUGCUGAGUUUCGCUACGACACACAGAUCGUUUGCAACAUGCUGGCAAUCGAUUCAGCAAAUCCACCAGACGUGCAAGCAAUUAAUGGUGCCUCGGCCGCACUUGCGUUGAGUGAUAUUCCAUGGAACGGUCCCGUCGGUGCCGUGCGUGUAGGUCUUGUCGACAGUGAGGUGAUCAUCAAUCCGACGCGCAAAGAAAUGCAGCUUAGCAUGCUCGAUCUCGUCGUAACGGCAACUCGGCAAAAUCUAGUCGUUAUGCUGGAAGGUCGAGGCAAUGUAGUCAACGAAAACGAGCUUCGAAUGGCCAUCAAAAAGGGCACCAAAGAAGCACAGCUUAUUAUUAACGGUAUCGAGCGGCUGCAAAAAACUUACGGAAAGCCCAAGCGACCUCUGGAACCACUGCCGGCGGUGGAUGAAGAAAUUCAAAGCGCCGUCCGGACGAUGUCGGAGAUGAGACUGAGAGAAAUAUUUCGAGACUUUUCGCAUGAUAAGUUUAGCCGCGAUCAGGCCGUCAGCAAGACGCGCACGGAUACGAUCGAUAAAGUUUGGUCGAGCUAUCCAAGUGUCGAUCCGAGUCUUAUCUCCGAAACAUUCAACAAGUUCGUCAAAGGCGUGUUCCGUGAGAUGCUGCUAGAAGAAAAUCGUCGCUGCGAUGGCCGAGGACUUGAUGAUUUGCGCAAAAUUAGCUGCUCGGUAAACCUUCACAAACCUCUGCACGGUUCGGCAUUGUUCCAGCGCGGUCAGACGCAAGUGUUUUGUACGGUAGCGCUAGAUUCACCCGAAAGUGCAUUACGGUUAGACCCGAUCGCGUCACUUGACAGUGGUAUGAAGUCGAAAAAUUUCUUCCUACAUUACGAAUUUCCACCGUAUGCCACGGGAGAGACCGGAAAAAUCGGCCCAAUUGGACGGCGUGAGAUAGGGCAUGGUGCGCUAGCUGAGAAGGGUCUCUUGCCAAUUAUUCCCAACGAACAUCCGUUCACGGUACGGCUUACAUCGGAGGUGUUGGAAUCAAACGGAUCCAGCUCGAUGGCAACCGUGUGUGCCGGUUCGAUGGCAUUGAUGGACGCAGGUGUUCCGGUGCAAGAAGCAGCCGCCGGUGUAGCCAUAGGUUUGAUAACAAAGUACGAAAACAGCGACACGAAACAUUUGGAAGAUUAUUGCAUUCUUACGGAUCUGCUGGGCAUUGAGGAUUACAUGGGUGAUAUGGAUAUGAAAGUGGCCGGAACACGACGCGGAAUGACGGCAAUACAGGCCGACAUAAAGGUGCCAGGCAUACCGCUGAAAGUGGUCAUGGAAUCGUUACAGAAAGCGAUGGAAGCACGCUUUAAGAUUCUCGACCUAAUGGACGAGACGAUCGCUACGACACGCACGGUGCGGAAGGAUUGUUGGCCAGUAACGGAUCGGCUGGUAAUCGAAGCUCACCAACGCUCCAAGCUGCUCGGUCCCGGUGGUACCAAUUUACGAAGAUUGUACCUUGAAACUGGCGUACAGCUAACUUCUGACGAUGAAACAAGCUUCCGGAUAUUCGCUCCAUCCGAGGCAGCAAUGCACGAAGCCAAGGAGUACCUUGAGAAUCUGCUGAAAGCGGAAAAGAUACCGGAUCUCGAGUUCGGAGCCAUCUACACGGCUCGGAUAGUGGAGUUGCGCGACACAGGCGUGAUGGUCACGUUAUAUCCUUCGAUGCCACCAACGCUGCUUCACAAUUCUCAACUCGACCAACGCAAGAUCGCCCACCCGUCAGCGCUGGGUUUGCAAGUAGGUACCGAAAUACAGGUUAAAUACUUUGGGCGUGAUCCGGUGUCGGGAUAUAUGCGACUUUCGCGUAAAGUAUUGCAAGGUCCUGCAACUACCAUGAUUCGGAAUCUCGAUCGUCCUGCUGCGGCAGCAGGCGGUACUAGCGCCACGAAUCAAACAAACAACGAGGUGGAGGAUGUGAAAAGUUAGUCUUUAUUACUCAGUUUCUUGUGCGACUGAACUAUGAAGAAACCCCGUACCCCGUUGGUAGGUAGAUCGAGACUAAUAGUGAAAUAAAUGUGUACAUAUUCUAUCCUUAAGAACUAA